CUCAACUAGAGAUCAUGGCUUUUGAUGGUACUUGGAAGACAGACCGGAAUGAGAACUAUGACAAGUUCAUGGAAAAAAUGGGUGUUAAUAUGGUGAAAAGGAAGCUUGCAGCUCAUGACAAUCUGAAACUGACAAUUACACAAGAAGGAAAUAAAUUCACUAUCAAAGAAUCAAGCACUUUUCGUACCACUGAAAUUGUUUUUGAGCUUGGUGUCACUUUUAAUUACAGCCUAGCAGACGGAACUGAACUCACUGGUAGUUGGAACCUAGAGGGAAAUAAACUUGUUGGAAAAUUCAAACGGCUAGACAAUGGAAAUGAACUGAAUACUACCCGAGAAAUUAUAGGUGGUGAACUGGUUCAGAUUUACGUGUAUGAAGGAAUAGAAGCCAAGAGGAUCUUCAAAAAGGAAUGAGCUUUGUUCUUG